GCUUUAUAGUCGGAGUUAUCUCAGUGGACCGCACAGUUCCCAGAAACUUACGAGCACUCAGUGGUUGAGUAGUAAUAGAUAGCCCCCAGCAUUGCUGACUAUUGAAAGCUAUCGUCAGUUGUGUGUAAAAUUCGGAGCGUGGCGGACAUAUGGGCCCGAUUUCUAUUAAAUAGCGGAAAUGGUGUGGAUAACGCCGGGUCAAGAAUAAAUGAAACGGAAGAUACUAGAAGAAUAUAAUUUUUUGUAAUAACAAAAUCGAUUUACAUAUGUUAAUGGAAAUGUUAGUUUGCGAUUAGAGUCAAUUCUAACAUGACGAAUAUUAAAUAUGAACUUCUUCCAAGUGAGGAGCGAGAACAAGGCGAAAAGAAACCUUCAAAUUGGAUAGUGAAGAUAUUCUUUCUAAGCUUGGUGAUUUUUACCUUGGCAAUUUAUACCUUGAGCUGCACUGAUAGUCCGCUGAAGAGCAGUGCAGCUCUUUUUUCCCCUUGGAGGCCCAUGCGACUCUCUGUGGGGUCAAGUUGGACCAACAAUCUGGGUAAUUCUUCGAGGCUUUUGGAUGUAAUAUAUACAACUGAAACAACUAGUCUGAGUAGGAUGAAACAGACGGAGACUACCGAAGAAACCCAUACUGAGAGCUCCACAGAGGAUAAAACCGAGAUAAGUACCAUCGCCCACACGGAUAAAGCAAUUGAAAGUAGCAUAUCACAACAUUAUGCAUUAGAAGAAUCUGGAAGAAAAUACUUCGUCAAUAGCCCGAAGUGCAAAAUGAGCCACCCAAAUCCCUUCGCCAGAAACAUCCAGCACAUCUACAAGAAACAUUCCUAUAUAGUGUGUGAUAAAAGUCGCGACAUGAUCACAGUGAUCUUUAAUGAAUCAGACAGCACCUACAGGCUGCACAAGAACGAAAACUCCACAUGCUGCUUCAAGCAGAUCCUACGAGCAGGAUCUUCAGCCAACGCGGACAAUCAGUACAAGCUGCGUCCUUGCGUUGAAUUUCAGCAGGACCACUUGGUGCCAAAUGAAGUGACUGCCAUGCUCACCUAUUGCCGCCGGCCUCCAUUCGAUAAGGUGUCGCAAAUGGAUGCCUUUAGUUUUGUGCAUCCGCGGAAGGAUCAGAUAAAUAAUCGUACAUCACUGCAUAAACGGAGGCCCAGUGUUUUGCUGUGGGGCAUUGAUUCCAUUUCACGAAUGACUCUUGAGCUAACGAUGCCCCGGAUGUACGAGUACUUGAACAAUCAACAUUGGUUCGAGCUUCAGGGAUACAAUAAGAUGGGUGACAACACGUUUCCGAAUCUGAUGGCGAUUCUCACGGGAUUCAACAAAACCUAUGCGAACGCACGGUGCCAUCCUGAUAAGGUGCGUGGACUGGAUGCCUGUCCAUUUAUUUGGAAGGACUUCAAGGACAAAGGAUACACAACUGCCUACGCCGAGGACUGGAGCAAGUUCUCCACAUUUGACUACUCAAGCAGCGGUUUUUUCAAUCCUCCGACGGACGUGUACGGCAGACCACUGGUGUUGGCCGUGGAGAACGAGCUAAGGAUAACGCAGCAAGGUCAAAUGCCCUACUGCUUGGGGCGCAAGCCGGCUUCCGAGUACAUCUACGACCUGGGCGUCCAGUUCACCAUGGUCAAUCGGAACAGCACCUUCUUUGGCAUGUUCUGGACCAACACAUUCAGCCACAAUGACUUCUCUAUGCCCUCCGUCAUGGAUGAGAGGAUGGUGAAGUAUAUGCGGACGUUGGACAAAAACGGCAUAAUGGAUAACACCAUCAUCAUCUUCUUCAGCGAUCAUGGAACCAGAUUUGGACCAUUGAGGAAAUUGGAUAGCGGUUUCGUGGACGAACGGUUGCCCUUCAUAUAUAUCCGUGUUCCGCGUUGGAUUCGUGAGAAGUACCCAAAGCUCCUGCGCAACCUGCAGGUAAACAGAAAUCGCCUCACAUCGCCGUACGAUAUCCAUGCGAGCCUGAGACACAUCCUGGAGUUGGACACUCCGAAGGAUAGGCUUCCUCGCCCUGAGGGCUGCUCCACCUGCCACAGCGUUUUCGAGGAGGUGGACUGGUCCAGAAAUUGCUCCCAGGCCGGGAUCGAGGAGCACUGGUGCACGUGUGACACCUUUUCCGAAGUGGCCACAACAGAUCCCAGUGCCAGGAGCAUGUCCACUCAGCUGGUGGAGUCCAUCAACAAAUAUGUAGCCAGCAAAAAAGGAGCGGAACGAUGCCGUCUGUUGAAACUGAACCGGAUAUCCUCAGUCCAGAGAAGAGGGAACUCUAGUAGGUACCUUAUCCAGUUGAGUGUCAUGCCGGGUGACGCCCUCUUCGAGGCCACCGUGGAAUGGGAUGCCAGUGCCCAAAGGAUUCCCGUUCAGAUGCCCAGCAUCAGUCGGUUGAACACUUACGCCAAAAUGUCGAAAUGCUCGUCGGUUAAGGAGAUCAAAAAGUACUGCAUCUGCUGAAUUCCAGCUCUAAACUCUGGACAACCGCAAGACCGCACAAAAAAGGACUCGCUACUGUAAUCUGUCGGAUCUCGGAGCCUUUGUCCUCCGGAGGUAUGAAAUCUUAUCACUGGGGUGGAUCUGUGGCCGGAUCGUUAGUUGCUAGCAUCUAUUUUAGCAAACGUAAUUGCAGCUUGGCAAAUUGUGCGAAUGGAAAAUUAGUUGACAAUUCCAUGACAAUUGACAGAUACUCGGGUAAUUGUCCAGUGAUUAGAAAAAGAUACUGGCUCUAAUGAACCUAAAUCUUUGUAAGUAUUUUUUGAGCUAGUUGUAACAGCCGCUUAAACAAUAUAUGCUAUAUCUACUACCCUAAUUAUUACUGCUUAUUAUUACUACUACAUCUGUUAUUAAGACUACAUUGAGGAUGGAAACCGGCUCAACAUUACUCACAUAUAUGAAUCUCAUUGACCUUCCACAUUUAAUUUAUUUUGUACAUAAUUGCAGACAAAAAAUACGUCUAACAUUUCCGCGGUGCUAUAUAUAAA